UCCCUCCUCUGCGCUUGUCAUGGCAGGUGAAAUAGUUUAUGCUGAUUUAAACAUUUUGGGAGCCUCUUCCAACCCAUUGCAUCCACCUCGGCACCUCAAUCACACUCAGUGUCCCCGCUGGCAUCGACUCGCUGCAGGGCUUGGAGCAGCUGGGAUCCUCAUCCUGCUGGGAGCUGUGAUAGCCAUGGGCGUUUGGGUUUUUCAGCCCAAAGGAUCUCUGAAUUCACUGGAGAACAAUAGUACCUGGGAGACACUCAUCCAUCAAUCCAACUGCAGCACUGGCCUAAAAGAUUUCCAUUUCCACUUGAAACAAUUUGUGUGUGAAUCAUCUCACAGCAACUCAACAGAGGGAGCAGGGUGCAAGCUCUGCCCCCCAAACUGGCUGCUGCACAGGGACAAGUGCUACUGGGUGUCUAAAGAAAAAAAUCCCUGGGACAAGAGCCGCGAUGACUGUUCAAGGAGGAGCUCUCGGCUGCUGGUGAUCCAGGACCAGGAUGAGAUGACAUUCAUACAAAAUACUUCCAAAGAUGCAAACCAGCUCUGGCUUGGACUCACUGUUACAUCCCCCGCAAGGAAAUGGACUUGGGUGGACGGCUCCCUGUUCAAUCCAACACUGUUCAAUGUACAGGAUCCUGCUGAAGGGAACAGCUGCGGGAUGAUAAAACCAGAUGAAAUUUAUUUUGAAACCUGCACUAUUGUAUCUAAAUGGAUUUGUGAAAAAUACGCUCUCCAGAUAUAG